CUUCGCUUCCUUUCUUCCUUGUUGCUUGCUUCUUGCUUCUUGCUUGCUUGUUAAAAUUGGAGUGGUCCUUCUUCACAACUGCACACACCUCAUGUCACAACUGCACAACACCUGCACAACACCUGCACAACGCACAAGACAGACGCAUGAGCAGCAACCCUUCCGAAUAUGAGCGGCUGCAUGAGGAGGUGAUGCGGGCGGCACCGGAAGGCGUGUGGCUGUUCGCGUCGAGGGAGGCGGACGAAGAGACGCGAAGGCAGGCCAUAGCGUGGAUGCGCAACGCAGAGGACCCGCUCUCGCCCAUGGCGCUGCAGGUCAAGUACGCCUUCUCCAUCCCAACAACACGAGCACUGCAAGCGCUGGCCCGCGAGCCAAGCGUGCGCCAGUGGAUCUCGUGUGGAAGCGGCACGGGCUACUGGGAGCUGCUCAUGCAGCGCGACUUUGGGCUCACGGUGCGCUGCUUCGACAAGAACACGGCAUAUCCCGAGCCAAUGCGCCACGUGCAUGUCGAUACUGCAGGCCCAGAAUACAUCAGCGAGCACGCGUGCGAUGGUGAUGGCCUGUUCUUGGCGUGGCCAGACGACAGCGAGGCCUGCACCUUUGGCCUCGAUUGCCUGCGCGCGUUUUCGGGGAAUGUCGUCGCGCAUGUUGGCGAGCUGCGUGGCGAGACGCUGUCUGCAAACCCUUGGGGCCAGUCCACCUCCGCUGCUUGCCAGCAGCACCUCACGCAGCACUUUCGCCUCUCCCAGCGCGUGGAGUUACCGCGUUGGCCGUAUCAGCGGGAUUCCCUCACCAUCUGGCACCGCGCUUCACAGCCCAUUGAUUGCGCUGGCGCAGACUUUGUCUCCCUCCUCCAUUGAGAGAGUGUGUUGUGUGUGUGUGUGUGUGUGUGUG